AUGUCCCAGAUAUAUAAUAGCUCGAAUAAUGAGUUUAUAUUUGGAGAAAAUGGUGGGAAAGGUAAGCAUUUAUCAUCCUUCUUGAAGAAUCUUUCAUUGACAGGAUCAUCAUUAACUUCCAAUUCAUCGUCGACAUCGAGUAAUAAUAACUCCAAGCAUAAGACAUCCAGUAAAGACGAUAUAAAUGAGGUGAAUAGUAAUAUUUAUGGGAAUUUAUCGUAUGGAUAUGUUUCUCCCAAGGCAAAUAGCGGGUCUAUUUAUAAUGAAACCAAUGGAGGUGGAUCAAAGAGGAAUACUCCAUCACAAAGAUCGGUUUCUGGGCCUGUAGGAGCCUCAUUUUCCCAUGUUGGUUCGACACCUCCACCAGAAAUUCCUCUUAAUCGAUCUACAUCAAAUUAUAGUAUACAAAAAAACCAACGCCGUUCUCCUUCACAUGGCCGCCAUAAAUAUACUGAUCUUGAUGAUGAUUGGGACGCUGACUUGGAUGAUGUUACUAUAAGCAAUAGCAGCCAUAAGAAUUCGGUAGAGAAUAAAAAUUUAACUAAAAUUACUGGACAAGGAUUUGGCUCAAAUAAUUCCUCAAGAAGUUCACUUCAUUUACAACCAAGUCCCAUGCUUGAUUCAUUGUAUCCCGAUUUAACUAUGCCAGUAACCAACUCACCAAAUAAUACUAAUAAGGCGCCCAAGGAAUCGUUGGAUUAUGAAGACUAUCAAAUGAAAUUAGAAAUCAAUCGUUUAAAUCAAUUAAAUUCGAAAUAUUCUAAAUUUAAAAAGAUAUUAACUAAUGAUAAUAAUAUUAAUAUUCAAGAUUUAAGAAAAUUGAGCUGGAACGGAAUCCCUCCCGAAUUAAGAGCUAUCACUUGGCAGGUAUUACUAGGAUAUCUUCCUACCAAUAGAGCUAGACAAAGUUCUACUCUUAAGCGUAAAAGACAAGAGUAUUGGGAUGGGUUAAGUGCAAUUGAUUCACAAAUCGAAGAUUUAACUCAAACGGCUAAUAGCUCAACCGUAUCAUUAGACCAGCCAAGCAGUACAAAUAAUAAUAACAGUUUAAACCGUGACAAGCAAUUAUACCAUCAAAUUAAAAUUGAUGUGAAAAGAACUAAUCCAAGUAUUAAAUUGUAUGGAUAUGACGAAACCCAAAAAUCAUUGAGAAAAAUCUUAUAUUUAUGGGCAGUAAGACAUCCAGCAAGUGGAUACGUUCAAGGAAUUAAUGACUUAUGUACUCCAUUUUAUCAAAUUUUUUUACAUAAUUAUAUCUGGCAAUUACAAAGAGCCAAAUUGUCACAAGUAUCAAAAGAUAAUACUAAUGAAGAUGAUGACUUUCAACUUUUCAUACCUGGAUUAUUGGAUCCAGAAGAUGAACAAGAGCAAGAGCUUUUAAACGAUUCAAAAUUAAUGCAAUAUAAUUUAGAUAAUUUUGAUCCAAGUAAAUUAUCUACUAGAGUUUCUUCAAUUAUAGAAGCUGAUACUUAUUGGUGUUUGAGUAGGUUAUUAGAGAAUAUCACCGAUAAUUAUAUUCAUGAACAACCAGGUAUCAUAAGGCAAGUUAAUGACUUACGCAAUUUAAUAUCAAAAAUCGAUUUGGAAUUACUACAACAUUUUGACCAAGAAGGUAUUGAAUUCAUCCAAUUUUCUUUCAGAUGGAUGAAUUGUUUAUUAAUGAGAGAGUUAUCAAUAAACCUUAUAAUAAGAAUGUGGGACACUUACCUAAGCGAAACUCCUUUAGGUUUCAAUAACUUUCAUAUUUACGUAUGUGCAGCAUUUUUGAUCAAAUUCAGUAAUGAACUAAAAGAGAAAGAUUUCCAAGAGAUAUUAUUAUUCUUGCAAAAUCCUCCUACUAGCCACUGGAAAGAAAAGGAUGUGGAACUAAUGCUAAGUGAAGCUUUCAUUUGGCAAAGUCUAUACAAGAACGCCAGUGCCCAUUUAAGAUGACGCUUCCACUUAUAUACAUCCACAUAUACAGAUACAUAUCAACAGUCAUUCC